AUGACUACAUCCACAGAAAUCACUCUUGGGGUUCUUGCGCUCCAGGGAGCCUUCAGGGAACACAUUGAAUACUUCCAGAAGGUCAUAGAGUCGCAUCCUCAGGAGUACAGCAAGUUUACCUUCACGUUCAUCGAGGUCAAGACCGAAGACCAGCUCCGGAGAUGUGAUUCGUUGGUCAUUCCAGGAGGCGAGAGCACCUCCAUCUCUCUCAUUGCCGAGAGGACCAACUUGUUGCAGCCUUUGAUGGACUACGUCAAGCUGGAAAAUCCUAUCUGGGGAACCUGUGCUGGUUUGAUCUUUUUGUCGAAGCAGUUGAAGAAUGGCCGUGUAGGACAAAAGUUGUUGGGAGGCCUCAAUGUAGAAGUCACUAGAAACGCCUUUGGCAGACAGCUAGACUCUUUUGAGUCUCCAUUAGACUUCAGCCUGUUUAUCCCAGAUUGCCAUGCAUUUCCGACUGUAUUUAUACGUGCACCUGUAAUCACAGAAUUGUUGCACGAUGGACCUACAGAGUCUAAGUCUGAAUCAGACUCAAUAUUCUAUUCACAAAAUAAUUACAAUAACAAGGCACCUAUAGAGGUAUUGCACAGCUUGAAGAACCAUGGCAAAAUCGACCACGAGCUUAUUGUAGCUGUCAGACAAGGGCACAUCUUGGGAACCUCGUUCCAUCCGGAGUUGGCUACCGAUGAUUAUCGUUUCCAUAAAUGGUACAUUGAUGAGUUUGUAGUGAAAUCAAAAAAUAAGAGCACAGAUAUAUAA